GAUUUAUAACCCAACUUAAAAUAAGCUGUCUUUUUGACAAGUAUAACCUCUGUAGAAUUCAAAUAAAUAUGUUUGUUUUGAAUCAACUUUUUUGCUAAUGAUUUUACGUAUUAAAAUUAUAAAAAUUUGCAAAUAUGAAUCGUAAAAAGAUGAUAUCGUUUGGGAAAAUUAGUAAAGACUUCGGUAAAUCCACUCAAACAUCGGAAACAAGUAGUGAAGAAACUGUCUCAGAAGGUGGGUUUACUAAGUUUGGAAAACAAUCGUUUCAAUCUCAAGCUAUUGAAGAUUUACCAGAUGAUAGUGAAUCAAAAGAUUUGCAAGAUCUUAUGGGGAUCAGUGGUUUUGGAAAGAAAGCGAAAUCCUUUGAUGUGCAGGAAAUGCUGGAGCAGGUUAGAAAAACUGCGCGACAAGUGACUGCCGCUUCCAGGUCGGAAAUUCAAGAUAAUCCGACUACAAAUGACAAAGACACUAAUAAAUCGGAAAACGAUGACUCUUCGGAUGACGACCUUGUAGGUCCCCCAAUAGCUUUGAAUGUGAAUAGCGAGCAGAAAGAAAAAACAAAAUCUAAAAAAGAUGAAAAAAAUGAUGACAGUGACGAUGACGAUGACGAUGAUGACGAAGAAGAUGAUGAUGGAGAUUUAGUUAAAAAAAUUCCAUCAAGUCAUGAAGUUGUAAUGACACACGGUGUGAAAGCAGUUACUGCUAUUGCUGCAGAUCCUUCAGGAGCUCGUUUAGCAUCUGGAUCCAUGGAUUAUGAUGUGAGUUUUUGGGAUUUUGCUGGAAUGGAUACAUCAAUGAAAAGUUUUCGUACUUUGCAACCAUGUGAAAAUUAUCCUAUAAAAUACCUACAAUAUUCUACAACUGGAGACACAAUUCUAGUUAUAUCAGGAACAGCACAAGCGAAGGUUUUGGAUCGAGAUGGGUUUGAAAAGUUAGAAUGUGUUAAAGGAGAUCAGUAUAUAAGCGAUAUGGCAAAAACUAAAGGACACACAGCAUCUUUAAAUUGUGGAUGUUGGCAUCCAUUUAUUAGAGAAGAAUUUUUAACAGCAUCCCAAGAUAGUACAUGCAGGUUAUGGAAUUAUUACCGCCCAAAACAACAUCAGGCGAUUAUUAAAUGUCGGGCUCAUAAUGGAUUAAAAACAAUCCCAACUGCCUGUGCUUACAGUCGAGAUGGAAAUACAAUCGCAUGCGCUUGCGUAGACGGAUCAAUUCAAAUGUGGGAUCACCGAAAAAAUUUUAUCAACACGACAAUGUUAAUGCGAAAUGCUCAUCAAAAUGGUUCUGAAAUUUCAAGUUUAGCUUAUUCAUAUCUAGGAAAUUAUAUUUCCACUCGCGGAUGUGAUGAUACACUCAAAUUAUGGGACCUACGCGUUUUUAAAAAACCGGUUCAUGUAAUAGAUGGUCUUUUUUCACGUUAUGAUACCACAGAUUGUAUGUUUAGUCCUGAUGAUUCUUUAAUUAUUACCGGAGCAUCCUUGAAAAAGGAUGAAACAGUUGGGAAAUUAUAUUUUUACGAUAAAAAUACUUUUGGUUUAGUAAACGAAAUUCCGGUAGCGAAUUCACAUGUAAUCAAAACAUUAUGGCAUCCAAAAUUAAAUCAAAUUUUCGUUGGAUGUGGAAAUGGAAUUAUAAAAUGUUAUUAUGACCAUAAACGUAGUUUACGAGGAGCGAAAUUAUGUGUGGUAAAAACGCAUCGAAAAGUCAAACAAAUGGAAGUCGUUAGUACCCAACAAGUUUUAACUCCUCAUGCUUUACCGUUGUUUAGACAAGAACGCCGGAAGACAAGCAGAAAACAAAUGGAGAAAGAUCGUUUGGAUCCUAUUAAAUCAAAAAGACCUGAUUUACCAAUUACAUCUGGGCAAGGUGGACGUGUUGCCAGUUCGGGUGCUACACUUAGUUCGUAUGUAAUUCGAAAUUUGGGUUUAAGUAAGCGAGUUGAUGAUGAUCAAGAUCCCAGAGAGGCAAUUUUGAAAUAUGCAAAAGAAGCCGCUGAAAAUCCUUAUUGGAUAUCUCCGGCUUAUGCGAAAACUCAACCACAAGUUCUUUUACAAGGUUAUGAUGAUGAAUCUGGAGAAUCAUCGAGUAAGAAACAGAAGACUGAAGAGAAAACAGAAUAAUUGUAAGUUUUGAAUUUGUUAACGAGAAAUUUUGCGUUCUCAUAAUGUAAAUGGAUUUCAGUUGGUAUUAAAUUCGGUACGCCUCUGGGUCUUCCGAACGGUAAAAAGCAGUUAUUCGAUGUAAAAAGUGAAAUUUUUAAUAUAAGUAUCAAUAAUGCUGGGUAAUUUUCGUUAUUUCAAUCAAGCAUUAGCGAAAAGUGUUAAGUGCUUUGUAAAUUCGAAUUACUAAACUUUAGACGUUCAAAAGGCUAAUUAAAAUGUAUGGUGUAAUCAAAAAACUCCUUUUUUAG